GACAGGUGCAGUUUGGGGAUCCCUCUGCUCUGCUGUGCGCAUAGGCUACCCUUUCUUCCCUUUCCCUUUCUCACCACCCCUCCCUUCCUUUCGCAUAGCCUUACGUCGCUGGCUCCACCUCCCAGAAGCAACCCUUGGUUGUUGGAGCCCGGAGAACCCACCACCACGGCACGGCCCCUGUUCUAAAAGAAGUGGACAGAGGAUAGCUACACAGCUACAGCUGUUCCCGUUGUUUCAGUCGCUAAUCGGGCGCGACCCAAGAACGCCAUGGCUUCCGACGGCAUGGAUGAACGUUCUCCGUUGUUGUCAGCUCCCAAUUCGGGGAACGGUUCACCCACGGCCCCUCCGUACCUGCAGGAGAGCAGUCCAAGAGCUGAGCUACCUCCACCCUACACAGCCAUAGCCAGCCCGGAUGCCGGCGGUGUGCCUGUCAUCAACUGCCGCGUGUGUCAGUCCCUCAUCAACCUGGAUGGCAAGCUCCAUCAGCACGUGGUCAAGUGCACCGUCUGCAAUGAGGCCACGCCAAUCAAAAACCCUCCAAAUGGAAAGAAGUACGUGCGAUGCCCGUGCAACUGCCUGCUCAUCUGUAAAGACACGUCCAGAAGAAUAGGAUGCCCACGGCCUAACUGUAGACGCAUCAUCAACCUGAGCCCGGUGAUGGUGAUCCCGGAGGAGCAGCCGGCACAGCCAGCGCUACCCGUGCAGCCCGAGGGCAUGAGGGUGGUGUGCGGGCACUGCGGCAACACGUUCCUGGGCAAUGAAGGCAGCGCCGCGUCCCAGCCUGUCUCUGACCGCUCUGGCGAGAGCUCCUCCUCCUCCUCUACAAGAUCCAAGAGAUCUCGGUGGAUGGAGCUGCGCUUCAACACUCUUGCCAAGUGCCCACACUGCAAAAAAAUAUCCUCUGUUGGCAGUGCCCUCCCGCGGAGGCGUUGCUGUGCCUACAUCACCGUGGGCAUGAUCUGUGUCUUCAUUGGCGUUGGACUGACGGUGGGCACUCAGGAGUUUGCCAGCCGCUACGCUGCCACGUACGUCUCCUGGGCCUUCGCCUACCUCCUGGGCCUCAUCUGCCUCAUACGCGCCUGCUACUGGGGAGCCAUCAAAGUCAGCUACCCCGAGAACACUUUCGCAUAGGCUCCCUCCACCUCACUGACCGACUGACCGACCGACUGACUGACUGACUGACAGGGGGCAAGGGGUGGACGGGGGCCCCCACUACAUACUGAGAGCCCAGGUCCAGAGGUUUCAUUGCCGGGUUUAGAAAGUAGAAAAACCCAGAGUUGUAUAAAGUAGCAGGAGAGAAGUACUUUUGCAGAUGUAAUCCUCAAAGUUGAAACCAUGUAAUAUCAUAUCACUAGUGUUGUAAUUACAUAUGUAAGAGUACCUAUACUUCUACUUUAUACAACUCCGGGAAAACCCUGCCACACUUUUGAUCCAACCGACUCUGAAUUGGCUGAUCCUAAGGAGUACUGAAGACGGCUAUGGCUAUGAAGUCGCCUGUGUUGAAAGGAAACUGUGGCAGGGUUAAAACUUCUAAACAGGGUUUUGGACACCUCUGCCCAUGUCAUGGCCCUCAGUGGGACCCAGAAUAGAAAAAAACACAAUGGAUGGGUGUGUAAGAAAGGUCUCUAUUGACUGCUGUUCAUUGUUUUAUUUCCAUCCGUGUGGUGUCAUUGAGAGGUGGGACUUGGGUUCUCUUCACACACAAAAGAUGCUACUGUUUUAAGUUGUCACUCUUCUCUGGUCAGAUAUUCUUUUCCACGUGAUGUUAUAAAAAAUCCAGGUUACAGGGAGCCGAGAUCCAGUCCAGGUUGGUUUGUUUGUUUGUUUUUGUUUGUUUUGUUUGUUUUUUUCAAUCGUAGAGGAUUGUGAAAUAUAUCUUAUCUUCAGUAUUAAACCACAAAUUACUUGUCGAUUUAAUUCGAUCUAGUCUUAGGGAGAAAUUAAAUGAAAACAAUGAUGCUUUUUGAUUUCAUAUGUAUCUACUGAUGUGUCUGAAUCACCUGUGAUGCCAUUUAUAAUUUCUUUUUUUUUGAAAAGCUGCGAUCAGUCCCUGGAUGUGGUUUCUCCUGGAUCAGUGCAAUCCCUGCCCAACAGACAUUAUUGUUACCAACUCCAUUUUUUGCCCAACAUUUUUUUGUUUUGUUUUGUUUGGUUUUAUUUUUGUUACCAACCAGACCAAAUACGGUUAUCUUUCUUUUAUCAUCGUCUCGUAUGAUGAAAUUGCCCAUUGCACUACAGUUUUAUGCAAUUCUUUUGUUCAGUUGCUGCUAUAGAUGACACAGCCUUGAAACAGCUGUAGAAUGAAGGACUGGUUUCAUUGACGUUGUUGGAUUACAGUUUUCUCUACCUUUGUUAGACUUCUAAAUCAUUAUUGUAUUAAAUUGUGUAGAAGUCUACCAAGGAUAGAGAACAGUAAAAACUAUAAUCCUAUAAUGUUUAAUAAACAUUAGUCCUUCAACAAAGUCCUCAUGUAUUGAUGAUCUAUCACACUCAUGCUCACGGUACCGUUAAAGGAAAACACACAGAACAGUAUUUUAAAUGUCCUGAAGGUAUUUUAACUGUCAUUUACAAAAACACUUACUGUAAUAAAUGUUUUCUGUGCCAACAUGUCUGUUGUCCUAAGGGUCCUUACAGGGAGAUUAAUGUGCAUUUAAACGAAACAAAAGAAAAAACGGUGAGAUUCUUUGCCAUAGUGUUCAUUGUCACUCUCACCGUGAGGCAUUAAAUUUGUUUUCACAAACUUUACAAAGAGAGAAACAUUUAAAAACGCUCAGUCCUCUCAUGAUCCUCUCAUCACACACACACACACACACACACACACACACACACACACACACACACACACACACACACACACACACACACACACACACACACACACACACACACACACACACACACACACACACACACACUACUAUUUGCCUUCAUUACAGACAGUAUUAACAGUUUGCUGCAUAGCACUCAUAAUUGCAUGAUUGUUCAUUUUUAUUUUUUAUUAUUUUUUAAAAAGUACACAUGUAUAAACAACUAUGUUGUUUUUAAUAUAUUUUUUCAGGCACUGAAAAAAGAAACAUGGUACGACUGCUGUCAUAUUAUGUCCUCCUACUGUGUGUAGACAAUAAAAAUCCUCUCUUUGCUUCUUGCCUGUGUCCCGAAAUCCAGUAAAAGAGAAAACCUCACCUCGCUAGGUACAUACUGUACAUAGGGUCCAACUCAACAUCCCUCAUCCUCUCUCAUUGCUUGUGGCCAAGUGCUUCACUGACAUCAGUUUUUGUCAGAAAUGUAACGUUUCCCCGCUGUUAGCCAGUUGGCACAACAACUUCUGGGGGACUUUUUACCAUCUAACAUCCCGAUUGCAAAUGAGAUUU